CGAAAGACUUUUGAAAGGCAUCUCAAACAGAUUUGUCAAAGGCAUCUCAAACAGACUAUUGAAAGGCAUCUCAAACAGACUUUUGAAAGGCAUCUCAAACAGACUUGCAUCUCAAAGACUUGUCAAAGGCAUCUCAAACAGACUUGUCAAAGGCAUCUCAAACAGACUAUUGAAAGGCAUUUCCAACAGACAUAUGAAAAGCCCCUCAAACAGACUUUUAAAGGUCAUUUUAAACAGACUUGUGAAAGGCAUCUCAAACUGACUUAUGAAAGG